GCUCAUUUUGUGCAAUUGCGAUUUUCAUUCACGGAAAAUUGAAAUGUUCAGUAAAACGUUUUGAAAUCUUCACACUCUGCCAAGAAGAAAGACUACAACGUCCUAAUCCGAUUUUUGUUCCAAAUUAUAAAGCGAACAAAACAAGAAGAAGAACUUCACCAGAGACAUACCUUCAACAGAGACAACAGAGGACCAAAAAGAUGGCGGGGUUGAAUCCCGAACAAGGACACUGUGCGGAGGACGAUGAAACGGUCCCGUUGUUCCAACCGUGGCAGGCCUUCCACGGAGUUGGGCAAGCAGUGGCGAGAGAGCGGCCGGAGCCGGAUGAGGAACCUGACCAAGAGCCCGAUCAAGAUUUCUACUGCGUUGUCCAGAAUCAGGGUCAACUACAGAAUCCAUUUUCUUCUACAACAGCUGCGCCAUCAUCUUAUAAUACGACUACGACGACAAACAAUCCACCUUCUGCUCAUGCCUACAAUGCUCAGGUGCAACACAAUCCUCAUCUGCAGCACAAUCCUCAUCUGCAGCACAAUCCUCAGCUGCAGCACAAUCCUCAUAUGCAGCCUUCCAAUUCCUCAAUGCAGCCUACCUCCAGUGGACCCUCUGCACCCACGAGUGGCUUUGUAACUUCGAAUGCGUGGGCUCCUCCUGCAGAGCAAUAUUAUCAUGCACCACCACAGAUGGGUGAAGGAAAUGAUAUCAAUGUUGGCGGGAUGAACAACAACGUCUAUGGUGCUACUCCUGGGCAACGACGUUCAAGUGUGCCAUCCUAUGGCACUUUGCACGAAGAACAGAACCAACCUUACAUGCCACAGAACCGACCUUAUGUGCCGCAGAAGCCAAUAAAAGCAAUGAAGAACACGCAACGGCCUGCUAAAGUCGUCGUUCGUCACGCAACUACGAAUUACCAUUAUGGUGCUGCACCAGCUCCCCUGACGGGCAUGGUUCCACAACAAGGCCCAGCAGUAUUAUGUUGAGCGUGCUAGGGAAUACAUCUCCACCAAAGUCAUCUUGAAUAAGAAUAAGGCAAGAAGAAGAUCUAGAUGCCCAGAAGAUGAUCUAGAUGAGAUGCAUUCCCUCGUCCACCUGUAAAAUGAGCACCUGGAGCGGCACCCAUGACACGACCCGCGUUUAUAACGACCGCCAAGAUGACUUACACGGGGCCGAUGUCGAACACCGAGAAAAAGCAGGCGUCCUUAAAAAAGGGGACGAAGACCUGUGUUCCACAAAGUUCAAAUGGCAAUCGUGCGGAAUUGUCUUCAGAAAAACCGCAGCAAGAGGAAGAUCAGUUAAGGGAGUCCUGAGCAUAAUUUGAGCCUGAGUUGUUUAUCAAGAAGAGUAUACUGAUCGUUCUUCUUGAGCUACCCCGGUUACAAGAAUAUCGACAGUUGUCUUGACGUACCCAGAACUACUUCUACAAAUCUCCUAUCAUUCUGACAAAUGACUUUUGCAAUCACAGUGUCAUUUAAGAUAAUUCCUACUUCCCACGUGGAUACAUCUGCAACAUCUUCAUCUAGAAGAAGAGAUCUCACCAUUGAUCAUUCUUACUAUACUUUUCCCUUUAUCGACGCUUUUGCUUUAGCUCUAACUCGAAGGGGCCAUGACUUCUGCAUUGGGUUUCAGUUUCUCAUCUGCCUAGUGGUGGACGGGAUUGUCGCUUACAUUAGUCGGAAGAGUGCCUUGGACACUUUUGCAUAUCGCGGAUUCGUCACGUUAUGAAUCUUGUUUUUUUGAUUAGAGUAUAACUGAAUCACGGCAGAUUCUACCCCUCUACUUUCUCUACAUUUUCUUAUACACUUUGUUUUCAGUAUCGCCGUGUGAGUGGAUAAUAGAGUUUGUCUGCUAGUGUUUUCAAUACCAUUUUUGGUGAUACUAGAGAAAGACUAUCGAGGACGCAAUGUUGAUGACGAUGAUUAUCACGCCCUUGGCCUUGAGGAGGCCAUGCAUAUGAUAGUUCUAAGAGCCCUCGUUUACAUCUUGAUUCUGCUUUGUUGGGCACCGUGCCUUCACGGCAGAGUUCGGCCGUGGCGGGACAGAGACGGCAAGAUCACGGAUUGCGGACAGGCGUACUACUUCCAACUUGUUUCUUCGUGUUUGAAUUUGUGCGUUUGAAAUGGAAUGUGCCUUUGUCCCUUUGAGCUCGUAUGUAAUCCGGCUCCUACGGUAGUUAUCUACCCAUGUAAUGUAGCUCCUCAGGUAGUUAAGUUAGAACUACAACACGAAGCAAUCACACGGCAUAAUCCAUUCUUCCAGGCUCUGUGUCUCUUUUAUUGGGCUCGUAGACCUGAAUUUUAAAAUGACACCAACAUCGCAUCACGGAAGUCAGUAUGACUUAGAACCAACAUUAACCUUUAGUACAAUUAUCAUCACUGACUACUAGGUACAAUCAUCAUUCGCCCCUUGAUUGUCUGACUAAUUUUGAUUGUUCACACCUUUUUACCUAGAGUACAAUCAUCAUCACCGACAUGACAUCAACACCUCCUAGUAUCCGAAGCUUGGCUCCUGGGAUCGGCGCGGGCUGGUCCGUGCUGGUGGUCUUUGGGAAUGUCCUAAGCGUAGGAAUGGAGCAUCGACGAGGAUAUGGCGACCCCUUCUCGGCACCUUUUUUCUGUUAUGGUGGGAAAAGCACUUGGAGGAUGUCACUUAAGACUUAGUCUCUCAGAUAAAAACUAGUCAGCUGUUAUUUUCUUUACUUAAAUGCGGUAAUAGUUCCAAGUUCUGCCCCAUGGACCGGAGCGCGAACGCGCUAUGCGCGCGGAGGAUAGCGCGGAGGAUAGCCAGGUUAUGGCGCCUUUUGCGUCCUUUGGGAUCUGCUUUCUGCGAUUUUGCUGCAUUGCUAUUGUCCAUCCUUCAUGAGAGACGCAAUGAUGAUGACCUAACGUAAAUAUGAACGAUUGUUGUCACGUCGUGUGUCGACGGGGGAGCCGAGAUUAUGGGGCUUCCAUGUUACAUCAUCCAGCAACAUCCUUGAUCUUUUUUCAAGUGGGAAAUAGGGCAAGGAUGUGCUGAAUAAUGUAAUGCUGCGACCUCUAAGAUAUAGAUCAUUUAUAGAAGUUACAACCAUAUACUAUCUAUGAGAACACGAUGCCAGUGGGCUACGCAGAUUUUUUUCGGAUAUUGACUGGGGGAAGAGUGGGCUCGCUAAUGCUGUAAGUCACAUGAUACACGAACCUAUGUAUAAUAUCAACGAAAUAUUCACCGACUGAAUGUUGUAGAAGAACCCUGCAAUUUAUGAUUCAUGUUUCUACUACUUCUUAUGAAAUGUGGCGCCACUCGGUGCUGGUACUAACAAAGCAUUUUAGAUUUUGAAUAAGAAAAAAUGAUGAUGAUGUCGGGCUAGUAUGAUAAUGCAUUUCAAUAUCUAGAAAAUGGUAGGAGACCAAGUUGUUCUUCAAUGCUAGACCAAGUUGUACGCACAAAGAUAAGUGGUCUUCAUCUAGGUUGAUGUACGCAAAAAGAAACACACGAAAGCAAGAGGGGCACCGAUAUAUAAUCACGCCAGAAGAUGACUGACUCAUAGCGAUGAAGCGGCAUAAACAUUUCAACAUACUCUCACAUCAUCUUGGUUUUCUUCAGUCGAAAACGCACUUUUGAGUUGAUUGUUCUUUCAGGGACUGUUUCGUCUUGUCAGUACAGAACGACCAUCCGAGACGCAAUGAUGAUGAACGUGCCGGUGUUAAAGAUCAUGUAGCUCUAUAUGAUAAACUAGAGGUCGUCGGGUGGGUCUUGCGGGUAUAACAAAUGUACUUGCAAAUAAUAAUAACUUGUGUCUAACGUUGAUUGAUUGUAGCCAGUUCUGUCAGCAUGCGAGACGGAGAAGCGCAGUAGCGUCAUUUGAACGGCAGAAAACUAUAAGAUGCGCUAGUGGUAAACUGGAAGAAAGACUCUGUGCCGCAGAAAUAUUAGCAUCAGGUGGUUUGCACUAGCUUGGUCGUGUAAACUGAACUCGUAAAACUACUGGUGAAAGAAGUACUUUUGGAAGAUCUCAAUUUUGAACUGGAAAAAUCGCAACGCACACAGUUCUGCGAUCCGACUGGUAGCACUGUGAUACUAGAAGUAAG